GAAAUCAUCUAACUAAAAUCAUAAAUAAACAAUCGAGCAUAAGUAUCUAGGUAUGUAAAAUAUUCUCUAGAAAGAAAAAAAUGGGCAAAACAUCUAAGGAUAAAAGAGACAUUUUUUAUCGUCUUGCUAAAGAGGAAGGUUGGAGAGCAAGAAGUGCUUUCAAACUGAAACAAAUUAAUGAAGUUUUUGAUAUUUUGAAUGAAGUAACAAGAGUAGUAGAUCUUUGUGCUGCACCAGGUAGUUGGAGUCAAGUUUUAUCAAAGGAAAUUUAUGAACCAAAUCCGAAAAAAGAAGAUGUUAAAAUAAUUGCAGUUGAUCUUCAACCAAUGGCACCUUUACCAGGAGUUAUUCAACUUCAAGGUGACAUCACGAAGCUUGAAACAGCUGAGGCAAUCAUUAAUCAUUUUGGGGAAGGAAAGAAAGCCCAGCUAGUGAUUUGUGACGGUGCACCAGAUGUUACAGGACUUCAUGACAUUGACGAGUAUAUUCAAGCUCAACUGCUGCUGGCAGCAUUAAAUAUAACAACCCACGUCUUAUCACGGUCUGGAACAUUUGUAGCGAAAAUCUUUAGAGGCAAAGACACAUCCCUUUUGCAUUCUCAACUCUCAAUUUUCUUUAAAAAAGUGGCAAUUGCAAAACCAGCCAGUUCUAGGAAUUCAUCGAUCGAAGCUUUUGUGGUGUGUCAAGAUUAUCAGCCACCCGAUGGUUAUAUUCCACAAAAAAUUAAUCCAAUGGUUGAUGAUAUUGAAAUUAUCGCUAAUGAAACCGGUUCAGAAGUGAAUCGCCAAAUUAUCCCUUUUAUCGUAUGUGGUGAUUUACGUGGAUACGAUAGCGACAUGUCCUACCCUCUUGAUAAAAAAUAUGUUCAUCUUGAACCUGUACAAAAGCCAAUUGAUCCAGCAUAUAAAAACGUUCUUGAAAGAUUAAGUCAAAUAUCUUUGAAACAUGAAGGAAUUUCAAUUGAAAAGAAAUAAAAUAAAUCUCAUGAAAAUUUCACUCUCUGAAAAUGUUUCUCUUCUUUGUUUUCGAAAAUAAAAUUUUGUGAGAGUGAAGUUUGAGAUUUUGCUGAGAAAAAA